UUUGAGAGGGUCAGCAUGCUGGUGAUCCUGCUCAACUGUGUGACGCUGGGCAUGUUCCACCCCUGCGAGGACAUCGCCUGCGACUCGCCGCGCUGCAGGAUCCUCCAGAGCUUUGAUGACUUCAUCUUUGCCUUCUUUGCUGUGGAAAUGAUUGUCAAGAUGAUCGCGCUGGGGAUUUUUGGGAAGAAAUGCUACCUGGGAGAUACAUGGAACCGCCUGGACUUCUUCAUCGUCAUUGCAGGGAUGCUGGAGUAUUCCCUGGACCUGCAGAAUGUCAGCUUCUCAGCCGUCCGCACCGUCCGGGUCCUGCGGCCACUCAGGGCCAUCAACAGGGUCCCCAGUAUGCGCAUCCUGGUGACGCUGCUUUUGGACACGCUGCCCAUGCUGGGGAACGUCCUCCUCCUCUGCUUCUUCGUCUUCUUCAUCUUUGGCAUUGUGGGAGUCCAGCUGUGGGCAGGUCUGCUCAGGAACCGCUGCUUCCUCCCUGAGAACUUCAGCCUCCCCUACACGGUAGAUUUGGAGCGGUACUACCAGACAGAGAAUGAAGAUGAAAAUCCCUUCAUCUGCUCCCAGCCCCGGGAGAACGGGAUGCGCUACUGCCGGAGCAUCCCAACACGGAGGGAAGAGGGUCUGGAGUGCACCCUGGAUUAUUAUUCCUACAAUGACACCACCAACACGUCUUGUGUGAACUGGAACCAGUACUACACCAACUGCUCUGCUGGGGAGCACAACCCCUUCAAGGGAGCCAUCAACUUUGAUAACAUUGGCUACGCCUGGAUCGCGAUAUUUCAGGUCAUCACGCUGGAAGGCUGGGUGGAUAUCAUGUACUUUGUCAUGGAUGCACACUCCUUCUACAACUUCAUUUACUUCAUCCUCCUGAUCAUUGUGGGCUCCUUCUUCAUGAUCAACCUGUGCCUGGUGGUGAUAGCGACGCAGUUCUCCGAGACGAAGCAGCGCGAGAGCCAGCUGAUGAAGGAGCAGCGCGUGCGCUACCUGUCCAACGCCAGCACCCUGGCCAGCUUCUCAGAGCCAGGCAGCUGCUAUGAUGAGCUCCUCAAGUACCUGGUUUACAUUGCCCGGAAAGGCAGCAAGCAGCUGGUGAAGGCCUACAGGGCAGCAGGUGUGAGGAUGGGAUUCCUCAGCAGCCCCACGAGCAAGGUGGGGGCCGAGCGGCACGCCAGGAAGCGCCGGAGCAGGAAAAGAUCCUCCGUGCACCACCUCAUCCACCACCACCACCACCACCACCACCACUACCACCUGGGCAACGGGAACCUGCGAGCACCCCGUGCCAGCCCGGAGAUCAGCGAUGUGGAGACCAGCUCACUGCACAAUGGCACCAACAGGCUGAUGCUCCCUCCCUCGGCUCCCAACUCCCUGGGGGCCCCCAGUGCCUCUCCCAGCAACACCGAGUCCGUGCACAGCAUCUACCACGCCGACUGUCACUUCGAACCGGUGCGCUGCCGGUCGUCCCUGACACAGCCAAGCCUCGGCUUGCCAAGCCCAGAAGGGAUACCCAAGAGCAUGGUGGGCAGCAAGGUGUACCCCACAGUGCACUCCAGCACCUCCCAUGAGGUCCUGAAAGAGAAGAACCUGGGGGAGGCAGCCGUGGGUGCUGGGAGCAGCACCUUGACGAGCCUCAACAUCCCACCCGGGCCGUACAGCACCAUGCACAAGCUGCUGGAGACACAGAGCACAGGUCCCUGCCAAAGCUCUUGCAAGAUCUCCAGCCCCUGCACCAAGCUGGAGGGUGGCUCCUGCACCUCUGAGAGCUGCCCUUACUGCCUCACAGCGCUGGCGGGCGAGGCUGAGCUGUCGGACAACGAGACAGCGGGCUCAGACAGCGAGGGGGUCUACGAGUUCACACAGGAUGCCCACUACAGUGACCAGCGGGACCCACAGAGGGGCAGAGCCAGGGCCAGGAGAGCCCACCUGGUGCUGGCCUUCUGGCAUGUGGUGUGUGAGACCUUCCGGAAGAUUGUGGACAGCAAAUAUUUUGGCCGUGGGAUCAUGGUGGCCAUUCUCAUUAACACGCUCAGCAUGGGAAUUGAGUACCACGAGCAGCCAGAAGAACUUACCAAUGCCCUGGAGAUCAGCAACAUUGUCUUCACAAGCCUCUUUGCCUUGGAGAUGCUGUUGAAAGUCCUUGUUUAUGGUCCUUUUGGCUACAUUAAGAAUCCAUACAACAUCUUUGAUGGGAUCAUUGUGGUGAUUAGUGUGUGGGAGAUCGUGGGCCAGCAGGGCGGGGGGCUCUCGGUGCUGCGCACCUUCCGUCUGAUGCGGGUGCUGAAGCUGGUGCGCUUCAUGCCAGCCCUGCAACGCCAGCUCGUCGUUCUCAUGAAGACCAUGGACAACGUGGCCACCUUCUGCAUGUUGCUGAUGCUCUUCAUCUUCAUCUUUAGCAUCCUGGGCAUGCACCUCUUUGGCUGUAAGUUCGCUUCGGAGCGGGAUGGGGACACUCUGCCCGACAGGAAGAACUUUGACUCCUUGCUCUGGGCCAUCGUCACUGUUUUCCAGAUUCUGACCCAGGAAGACUGGAACAAGGUCCUUUACAAUGGCAUGGCCUCCACCUCCUCCUGGGCUGCUCUCUACUUCAUCGCUCUCAUGACGUUUGGGAAUUACGUUCUCUUUAAUCUGCUGGUGGCCAUCCUGGUGGAGGGUUUCCAGACAGAGGAGAUCUCCAAGCGAGAAGAGGCGAGUGGGCAGUUAAGCUGUAUUCAGCUGCCUGUCGACUCGGGGGGUGACGCUUCCAAGUCUGAUUCCGAGGGGGAUGUCUUCCCCCGCAGCCUGGAAGAGGAGGGAGAACUCAAGAAAAACUUGUCAAAUCCAGCCUUGAUGUCCCUGAGCGACCAUCCGGAGCUGAAGAAGAGCCUGACCCCGCCGCUGAUCAUCCACACGGCCGCCACUCCCAUGCCCAUGCCCAAGAGCGCCGUGUUCGGGGACGGGGCUCAGGGCUACGAGUCCCGCCGGGCCAGCGGCGUCUCCGUGGAGCCCGUGGCCACCUACGAGCUCAAGUCCCCGCCCAGCGCCCGCAGCUCCCCGCACAGUCCCUGGCGUGCCAGCAGCUCCUGGAACAGCCGCCGCUCCAGCUGGAACAGCAUCGGCCGGGCGCCCAGCCUCAAGCGCCGGGGGCAGAGCGGCGAGCGCCGGUCCCUGCUGUCCGGGGAGGGCGAUGACAGCUCCGAGGAAGGCGACAGCUCGGAUGAGGAGCACUCCAGCCGGGCCGGCAGCUUCAAUGGCUCCUUGCCUCAGCGCAUGGAGUCCUUGGAAACAAAAGGGUCCUUUGACCUGCAGGAUACUCUGCAGGUGCCUUCCCUGUAUCGGACCAGCAGCAUGCACAGCACCAGGACCUCUGUCUCCGAGCACCAGGACUGCAAUGGGAGAACAUCUCCGGGUCUGCUGCUGCACCAGGUCCACCUGGAUGAGCCCCACCAGGAUGGUGAUGACGGCGAUGAUGAAGGCAGCAUGAGCAAAAGGGACCGUGUGAAGGCCUGGGUAAGGGCACAGCUCCCCACCUGCUGCAAGGAGAGGGACUCCUGGUCCAUCUACAUCUUCGCCCCUCACUCCAGAUUCCGUCUGAUGUGCAAUAAAAUCAUCACUCACAAGAUGUUUGAUCACGUUGUCUUGGUGAUCAUUUUCCUGAACUGCAUUACCAUUGCCAUGGAACGACCCAAAAUUGAGCCUCACAGUGCUGAACGGAUUUUCCUAACACUCUCCAACUACAUCUUUACAGUCAUCUUCCUGACUGAGAUGACAGUUAAGGUGGUGGCACUAGGCUUGUGUUUUGGGGAGAAAGCCUACUUGAAGAGCAGCUGGAAUGUGCUGGAUGGGGUGCUGGUGCUCAUCUCCGUCAUCGACAUCCUGGUUUCGAUGGUGUCAGACAGCGGCACAAAAAUCCUGGGGAUGCUGCGGGUUCUGAGGCUGCUGAGGACACUGCGGCCCUUGAGAGUCAUUAGUCGAGCCCAAGGUCUGAAGUUGGUGGUGGAGACUCUCAUGUCAUCCUUGAAACCCAUUGGGAACAUUGUGGUCAUCUGCUGUGCCUUUUUCAUAAUCUUCGGGAUCUUGGGAGUUCAGCUUUUCAAAGGCAAAUUUUUCGUCUGCCAGGGGGAGGACACCAGAAACAUCACAAAUAAAUCGGAUUGUACAGAAGCAAGCUACAAAUGGGUCCGGCACAAGUAUAAUUUUGAUAAUCUCGGCCAGGCCCUGAUGUCUCUCUUUGUCCUGGCCUCCAAGGACGGGUGGGUGGAUAUCAUGUACGAUGGCUUGGAUGCUGUGGGAGUCGACCAGCAGCCAGUCAUGAACUACAAUCCCUGGAUGCUCCUCUACUUCAUUUCCUUUUUGCUGAUUGUGGCCUUCUUCGUCCUCAACAUGUUUGUGGGGGUGGUGGUGGAGAAUUUCCACAAGUGUCGGCAGCACCAGGAGGAGGAAGAAGCCAAGAGGCGGGAGGAGAAGAGGCUCCGCCGGCUGGAGAAAAAGAGAAGGAAUCUAAUGCUGGAUGAUGUAUUAAUGGAGAGCUCAGCCAGUGCAGUGCAAGAAGCUCAGUGUAAGCCCUACUACUCGGAUUACUCCCGGUUCCGCCUCCUGAUUCACCAGAUGUGCACCAGCCACUACCUGGACCUGUUCAUCACCGGCGUCAUCGGCCUCAACGUCAUCACCAUGGCCAUGGAGCACUACCAGCAGCCAAAGGUUCUCGACGAAGCCCUGAAGAUUUGCAAUUACAUCUUCACCGUUAUCUUUGUCCUGGAAUCUGUUUUCAAGCUUAUUGCCUUCGGGUUCCGUCGCUUCUUCCAAGACAGAUGGAACCAAUUAGAUCUGGCAAUUGUGCUGCUGUCUAUCAUGGGCAUCACUUUGGAAGAGAUCGAGGUGAAUGCUUCACUACCAAUUAACCCCACGAUUAUCCGGAUCAUGAGGGUACUCAGGAUCGCCCGAGUGCUGAAGUUGCUGAAGAUGGCUGUAGGGAUGAGGGCCCUCCUGGACACCGUGAUGCAAGCACUGCCUCAGGUGGGGAAUCUGGGCCUUCUCUUCAUGUUGUUGUUUUUCAUAUUUGCAGCUCUUGGAGUGGAGCUGUUUGGAGACCUUGAGUGUGAUGACACACACCCCUGCGAGGGGCUGGGACGGCAUGCCACGUUCAGGAACUUUGGGAUGGCCUUCCUGACCCUCUUCCGAGUUUCCACAGGAGACAACUGGAAUGGGAUCAUGAAGGACACGCUGCGUGACUGUGACCAGGAGUCCACCUGUUACAACACCGUCAUUUCCCCCAUCUACUUCGUCUCCUUCGUGCUGACAGCCCAGUUUGUCCUGGUCAAUGUGGUGAUCGCCGUGCUCAUGAAGCACUUGGAGGAGAGCAACAAGGAGGCAAAGGAGGAGGCAGAGCUUGAAGCAGAACUGGAGAUGGAGAUGAAGACCAUCAGCCCCGGGCAGCACAGCCCCUCUGACAUCUUUGCGUGGACAGGCACCACCAGUGGAGAGAGACCCGAGAGCCCCCAUGGAUUUACCAAUCCCGUGCAAAUUAAGGUGGAUUCUCAGCUCUCACUAGCUUAUCAUAUGGAAAGGCACUUGUUUGAUACCAUAUCACUGAUGAUCCAGGAAUCUCUGGAAGGAGAGCUGAAGCUGAUGGACAACCUGUCAGGCUCUGUGUGCCAUCAUUAUGCCCUCCCAGCUCCCGAAUAUUACAACUCUGAGAACCAGAUCCCUCUAGCUGAGAUGGAGGCUCUGUCUCUGACGUCAGAUAUUCUCUCUGAAAAGUCCUGGUCCUUAGCUCUGACGGAUGACUCUUUUCCUGAUGACAUUAACACACACUUACUUAAUGCUCUGGAAAUCAAUGUACAUACACUGGACGACACGCUGGCCCUGUCCCCCAGCAAGGACCUGCUGAGCGUGAGGAAGCCCUCGGUGGGACGCACGCACUCCUUGCCAAAUGACAGCUACAUGUUCCAGGCACCCUGCUCCAGCCCCUGCCCUGCCUCCCUGGGUGAGAGGAAACCAGCACAUCACAAGUCCCAGUCAGGUUCAAAGGCGUCAGUGCAGUCACAGCCAGCAGACACCAGCUCCCUCCUGCAAAUCCCAAGGGACCAUUUCCACCACGUGCGAGCUCACGACCGUGUGGUGGGGGAGAGCAAGCCCCGGGUCUCCCAGCAGGUGCACUCCCCUUCUGCUGAAAGGCUGCUCCGCAGACAGAUGGCUAUAAGGAACGACUCUCUGGAUAGCAAGGAGAAUCUCCACACCGAGGUGAGUGAACUCUCUGACCCAAACGUUCCCACUGUGCCCAAGGAGGAGUCACCAGUGGCUCUGACACCCUCAGAAGUGAAUGAGUUGGCUGCCUGGAGUCGGGCGAGCGUCCAUACGCAGCAGCAUUCCCACAAUCAGUAUAAUAUUUCAAAGCAGGCACCAGCAUCCUGUGCUUGUGCAGACUCAUAUCAGGAGACCCCUGAAGAUUCAAUGGACCAAGAAGUAUCUGAAAUAAACAGCUCCUCGGAGCCUUUCACUUCAGAAACUUGCACAGCCUCGAGUGCCUGUUCAGAGGGUCAGCCUCUCACACCUAAGAGGAACGUGGGCAAUACCGGCAACGUGAUACUGAAGGACCUGAAGAAAUACCACAGUGUCGACACCCAGGGUCUGCUAAAAAAACUGCCCUCUUGGUUAGAUGAUCAAAGGAGACAUUCAAUAGAGAUUUGUUCCAUAGAAAACAGCCCUCAGCACCAUUCCACGUCCAGCUCCUCUGGCUUUAUAAGUCAGGUGGUCAGUGAAGUGGAAUGCCUGCAAGGUACACGGCAGAAGAAGAAACUGAGCCCUCCCUGUAUAUCCAUAGAUCCACCUGACGGGCAGAGUUUGGUACCCAGGGGACCCCACAGCAUCUCACCUGCCAGUGGGGAUGUUUGCUUGAGGAGGCGUGCUCCAUCCUGUGAGUCCAAGGAUUCCAUGGAUAUAGGGGAUUCACUGCUUCCAGACAGUACGUCAGCAUCUCCUACCCCAAAGAAAGACUUGUUGACACUUCCUAGCUUUUCCUUUGAUCAAACAGAAAUGGACUCCUGAGUUACUUUUCUGUUGGUGCCAAAUAUCUUCUUCCUUUCAUGUAGUAGAAAA